CAACCCGCGUAGAAAGGGCUGAGAGAGAGAAAGAGAAACCAAGUCAGCAACCAUGACUCUUCGCCUCUCUCUCUCUCUCUACUCUGCUCUUCUGAGAUCUGAUUUACCUUAAAAUAUUGCUUGUCAAUGGUGAUUUGAUACAAUCUAUUUCUAUAUAUAUAUAUAUAUAUAUAUCUGUAGUUCGGUGGUUACACUGGCUCUGAAGAUAUACAUAAACACGCAAUCACAAGCCCCUGAUUUUUUCUCCUUCUGUUGAUCAAGCUCAAACUAUUGAAAUAAAGGUGUUGUGAUUGGAGAAAAGAGAGAGAGAAGAUGACUGAGAGCAAGAGGUUUCAGCUCGGGACCGUUGGUGCGCUGAGUCUGUCAGUGGUUUCGUCAGUUUCAAUUGUGAUCUGCAAUAAGGCCCUUAUUACCACAUUAGGUUUUAAUUUUGCUACAACUUUGACAAGCUGGCAUCUUCUUGUCACUUUCUGUUCACUUCAUAUCGCUUUAUGGAUGAAAUUUUUUGAACACAAACCUUUUGAUCGAACCGCCGUCAUAGGCUUUGGUGUUUUAAAUGGCAUUUCAAUUGGACUUUUAAACCUUAGCCUUGGUUUCAAUUCUAUUGGUUUUUAUCAGAUGACUAAGCUGGCAAUCAUACCUUGCACUGUAUUCUUGGAGUCCCUUUUCCUUGGCAAGAAAUUCAGUCGUGGGAUUCAGAUGUCUCUUGUCAUCCUUCUUCUGGGUGUUGGAAUUGCAACUGUUACUGAUCUGCAACUCAACGUUCUGGGCUCCAUCUUAUCCCUCCUUGCAGUUGUUACAACAUGCGUUGCUCAAAUUAUGACCAAUACCAUCCAGAAGAAGUUUAUGGUUUCAUCAACCCAACUUCUAUAUCAGUCUUGUCCAUACCAAGCAAUGACCUUGUUUAUUGUUGGUCCAUUUCUGGAUAGGCUUCUAACCAACCAAAAUGUAUUUGCUUUCAAGUAUACAUCCCAAGUACUGGUUUUCAUUGUUCUAUCUUGCUUGAUCUCUGUCUCAGUUAACUUUAGUACAUUCCUUGUAAUUGGAAAGACAUCCCCUGUCACCUAUCAGGUACUGGGGCAUCUCAAAACAUGCCUAGUAUUGGCUUUUGGUUAUGUUUUACUUCAUGAUCCUUUUAGCUGGAGAAACAUUUUUGGAAUUGUUGUUGCAAUGGUUGGGAUGGUUCUAUAUUCAUACUAUUGCAUUCUUGAGAGUCAGCAAAAAGGUUCAGAAGCAUUGGCACAAAAAUCCCAGGCAAAGGAAGGUGAAUCUGAUCCUCUAAUGAGUGUGGAAAAUGGAACUGAAGUUUUAAAGGAUGUUGUCCCAAAAGCUCCUGUAUGGGACUCAGACACGUAUUCCCCUGUAUGGAACUCAGACAAGUAUUCGCGUGUGUGAGGGCUUCUUUGAAUUAAAGUUAUUCACAUACCCAAGAGUGGCUGGGAUGUUGCAAUUUACAAUGAUGAAGAAGUUGGCGAGAUAGGUUUAUCCACGUGUGCAUCUUCAAAUCACAUAGCGGCAUAGGUUUGGAAUAAAGAUUAAAGCUUCCCUGCUACCAAAGCAUUUUUGUAAGUUUCAAUAAACACACUUCCAUAUCUGUGCCUCCUUAAUAGUUUUCUUAGUGAGCUUGAUUUGCCAACAGAUAUUGUUUUGACUUGAAAGAAAUAUGUAUUACUUGCAUUGUUCCUGGAUUUUAGUAGAAUGUAGAUGGAUGACAUUUAUAUAAUUCUCUUGUUAUCUAUAAAAAAUGAAUAAUUUGAUGCCCUGAAUCAUUUUUCAGAUUAA